CAUGACUUUCUUUCCUUGGAACAGGUGCAGCAGCAUUAUCGCUAUCAAAAGGAAAAAUCGGAUCAGAUGAAUUCGCUGACGUCUCAGCUGCUGCUGCUGGAGGCGCGGCUUAAGCGGAAGCAGAAGCAGAUCGCGAGUCUGUUGAGCCAUCGGGAGCUGACCAUACAGCGCCAGCAGAAGAUCAUAGAUACGCUAUCCACGCGCCUGGUGGACCACGGCCUGGAGAGCAUCGAGGCGAGCUAUGCCAAUGAGCUGGACUCUCUGAACGACUCCGACUCGGCCGUGGUGCUAGAGGACAUUGACUCGGACAGCAACAUGACUCUAGGCACGCGUCGCAAGAGCAGCGGAGGCGGCGGAUUGGGCGGCGUGCUUGCUAGUGACGGCAUCACCAUCGUGCGCUCCAUAUCGGAUGCCAUCGAGACGAAUCUGAAUAAGUAUGGAGCGGCCAGGCGCAAUAAUUGCUAUCUGCGACGUCCGGACAUACUGGAGACGGUGUACUCCGUGGAGGAGGAUCCGGAGCCGACCACAGACGUGGCCGAGAAGCGCGACAAGUUUAAGAAUCGAUCGGACAAGGCGCUCAGCUCUAGUUCCACCGAGGGACAGAUCGAUGGACCGUCGGAUGCAACGGACAGCAAAGCCAAAGAUACUUCCACGACAACGGCCAUGGCCGUGCCGCGUCGCCAGCUGGGCGCACUGAAACGCUCGCCCAGCCACGAUGCCACACCCUGCACGACACUGAGCAUGAAGGUACCGCAGCUGCAACCCCAAAGCCCGAGCCCGAGCCCGAGCCCGACCCCAAUUCCAAGCACCAGCCCAGCUACGGAGCAGGCGAAUGGCAAGUCGCAGGUGACGACCUACAAUCGUGUCAUGUCGAACCAUCGAUCCGUGACCAAGCCCAAGGACGUGAAGUACAAGCGCAUCAACAAGGCCAAGUCCAAGAGUCUAGAGGAGCUGCGCGGCCGGCUCAAGAACCUGGUGGAGCAGCGGCCGGGCCUCGAUGCCGGCUACACAGCCGGCAUGAUGCCCCAAACAGCGCAGUCGUAUGCGUGACACACGGAGCAACUCGUCGAAAGGCCGGUGCCAGCAGCGGAGGUAGAGGCGGCAGCGGCCCUAACUGCCCAGCCCAGCUUGUCUGCGGGCCAUACGCCGGAUCAGACGACGCCGCAGCGGCACAGCUGUCCCAAGCGCUCGUUGACGUUGCCUCGCAUCCUGGUGCCGCAAUCGGUGCUGGGGGCGUCGCACUCAGGCAGUGGGGGAGGUACUGGGCGUGGCGGUUUCUAGCAAUUAAAGAAAUUUUUCUUACGCAAUUGUGAUAAAAAGUAAAAUUGUUCUCUUGCAUUUUUCUCUCUCUCUCUCUUUCUAUCUAGCUACCUUAUUGGUACACUCAGAGAAAAUAGCUAGAAAUUUUU